UUGUGGACAUGGCCAACACGAAACUAAAGCUAAUGACAGAGUGGCAGUCUAUGUGUUUGAUUGAUUUUACGCGACAUUGGAACUUUUGUAAAUUGAUGAUCAUUGUUUUGCAGUCAAUUUUCAGUUGUACAUAGCUUUUCACCACUACAGUGGCACUUUGCUAUGGUAAGCAUGCUCUGUAUUACCGACCCGCACAACCGUCCAGAAUAUCCAUAGAUUCAGUGCAGAAACCUAUUUCGUGUCAGAUGGAGCUGCCAUUCCUCGUAAAUCCUUAUACCUAUAUCUAGGCUCCGUGCCUUAUUGAAUCGGCAACAUGAAAAGUGCAUGUGUAGGCUCUGUGAAGUAUGAUCUCACGUAUGAACUCAGUGUAAAAGUGUGGAAACUGAACGGUGUACUGAAUAAGUUUCUAUUCGGCGUUUAUUCUGAUUUCUAAGAUUAUAAUCUACGCUCUCACGUGGUCUAAGCUGCAGCUCAGGAUAUUGACCAGAGGGUAACGCCAGUGUUUUUAAGUGGUACUCUGACAUUGUCAACAAAAAAUUGAUGUUUAGGCAGAGACGAAGAGAUACGUACACAUAGGUAUGUAAUCUGUGAUUAAUUGUGAUAGUAGUGGUAUAGACAGUAAUUUAGGCUGUGACUGGCUGUGACCGCUGUGACUUCCGAAGAAAUCUGUUUGUCACAUCUGUUGACAGAAUUACCUCCCUACAUGUGGAACUUGCAAAACUAACCUAUAAUUUUGAGUUUACUUGCGACGCCACAACGUAGGAACGUGUUAAUUCACCAAAAUCAAUUUGGUUGCCAAAUUUUUCUAUGUAUGAAUGAAUAAGCCAACAAUAAGUACAUGCGAUGGAGCCAGUUUCUUUGAAACGACCAAAACCCGGUGACGGAGAGGAGGAGUUAUUUCAUAUGCAAGAAGAGUUUCUAAAGUCCAAACACGAGCCAGCAGCAAAAGUAAUAAAUCUUCGCCAGCAGAAUAGAGUGCCCAUCAUUCAGACACAUGAAAAUCCUGUUCGUAAGCCAAGAUCAGUUUUUGCAGAAUGUAGACGAAACAGAUAUCAAGGUAAAGAAAAAACGACAUCGCAAUCAAACAGUGAUGUUUUAAAUACUCAAGUCUCUGAAGCAGCAAUUCAUGAUAAUGUUGUACAAACGACUGUUGAAUCGGCAUCGAAUACAACAACAUUACUGUCCAACAUACUUCUGGGAAAUAUCAUAGAAAAGAAGUUUGCAAAGGUUUUUGAAACAGAAUCUUGCGAUACCUUGCCUUUGAAUACAUCUGCAACGGGUUUUCCAAAGGUUUUUGUGUCAGAGAAAAUGUUACGUGUUGAGGUACCAAACAGCACAAAUAGCUUGUUCCAACAACAAGUUAACAAAUCCAUACAACCAUCCAACACGGUAAAUCCUUUGGAUGCAGAAUUACACACCUUAUCAAGUACAAAUAAUAGUGUAUUAGUUGAAGGACCAUGGGCAACAGAAAUUCAUACAGCUAAUCUGCAAAGGCUUAAUAAUAUGACAAAAGAAGAAAUUAUGAAAGAGAAAAUGAUAUUGUACUCAACACUAGACCCUAUGACGAUAGAAUACAUAAAAAAUAGAAAACAGAAAAAAUUACAAGACAAAGAAAUUGUAGGUAGUAUGCAAGAAGAAAUGGAAGUUGUACCAUGUAAAUCAGACACAGGGGCCUCUUUUGGCCAGCAAUAUGAAACUGCAAGUAAAUACCAUGAACAGGUUUUUUCUGAGGAAGACGAUACAAAUAUCCCAAAACCAUCGGCAGAAAUUAUUCAACAAGUGGAAGAGAAGGGCUGGCUUCACAUGGACAGGAUAGAAUCAGAAAAGUUGAAAUGGAUGGAAGAAAUGCCUGCAACAUCAAAUACUACCCAGCCAGAAGAACCGUACAACGCACGUUUUGACUUUAAUGGGAUGCUGCUUCCAUUUACAGAUGAAAAUCUGACAGUGGACAAAGGUCUCCAUCACCAUGGAGAAGAGCCCGAACGGCCAGGUUACUCUCUCCAAGAAUUAUUGCAGUUGAGUAGAUCCUCAACACAGCAACAACGUUGCAUGGCUCUCAAUACUUUGGGAAAUAUCAUGGAAAAGAGCCGUAAAGGAUGGUAUGACCAGGCUCUGCAACCUCCGCCAUUACCUACACUGAAUGAGAGGAAUAUCUUCCUGCUUUUAAGAUUUUCAUUGGAUGAUUCUUCCGUUGCUAUUGUUACAGCAACUUUGCAAGCACUUAGGUCGUUCCUGUUCAGUGAGGCAGAUGAAAUAUGCUUAGACAGAUUAAUGGGUCUUGGAGAUUACAAAGAGCCUUGUCUUACUGUACCACCAACUGAUGUCAAAAAUAUAAGUAUAUUGCAAGAUCAUGAGUUAGCCCAGCUUGAUACAGUUGCUGCAGCUCUCAGAUCAGACAUCAUUCUGAGGAUCAGAUAUAUACUUAGUGAAAUGAGACCACCACCUCCUGGAGUUACAGCAGCUUUAGAAAUCUUAGCUCGAUUAGCAAGGUAUUCUCACGAAGCUGCUGUAAGUAUUGCUAGUACUCCACAACUACUGGGUACUAUCACACAGCAUUUUAUCCCACUGACAACCGAUCGUUUAGUUUCAGAAGAUGCAGUGAAUGAUGUGUAUGGUGUUCCAGUACUAGCCGCUAUUCGUUUUUGCCGAAUUCUCGUUUGUUACGGUGGCAGAUUAGUUGCGGAAAACUUGUAUUUCUACAAGGUUUUAAAUUCCCUACUAUCAUACAUUACAGGUCACUCUGGAAAGCACAGCAUUAAUUUAUGCAUCGAAAGUCUUCGACUCUGGAAAAUGUUGUUACUUCGUGGUGUGGGAUUGGAAAGUGUUGGUGGUGCUCAAUUCACAAUAUUAUCCCAAUUGCAAAAUUUACUUAGCAACCAUGAUAUCGGACCGGCAUCUGAAUUGGCAUGUGAACAUGCAGCUGCACUGAUAACUGUCGCUGGAUUCGAACCUUCUUUAAGAUCGCACCUUUCGACACUGCUCUCUAAAUGGAGUACGCAAUUGGCAACUGUUCCAUCACCGACAUGGGCUAGCACAAAACUUGUCGCAAUGACACUAAUGUCAGCAGGAGAUAUUUCCCUCAUGAAACCAUUGCUGAUUUCCCAAGGAUCCAAUAUCUUCUCUACGCUGUGUUCCAGCUCGAACCUACUUAGCGGCCUUGUGCAAAUUACGGAACGUGAUCCAUCAUCUCUUCCUAACCUUGGAGUCCUAGGACAUGAAGGUCAGCUAUUGCCCGCAGUCUCGUACAAUAGUUGCAUACCAUUUUUGGCAACGGUACUCAGCGUUCUUUCGAAAUCACUCUGUAAGGCUGAAAUUCAAACAAUUCUGAAUCAACCUCAGUUCAAGAAAUAUAUAAAUAAACUUGAAUCAAUUGAUUGGAGUCUAGAACGGUCAUGGUAUACACGAAUGGAAUUAUCCCUGGUAACCCAAAUCGUUCGCUGUGGAACCCUGUUAGGAGACGAAUUGAAUUCUGAAAUGAGAGAAAGUAUUUGGAAACUAUCGAUAAAAUUGAUAUCAGCCUUACCUGCUGACGCUCCAUUAUAUGCGAGAGAAAUGGUGCGGACUGCUUUGUCCCGAGAAAAAUUGCAAGUAGCUUUACUCGUUAACGAUCUGGAUAAGUUGAAGUUUACUCAGACUGUUAUAGAAGUUAAUUUAGAUCUUCCGGAAAAUUUGGUUCGUCUCUAUGAAUAUUUUAUUAAAUGUAAUGGUUCCUGGGAUCAACCAGCUUUACCAAAAGACUGGCUGUACUUACCACUGGUGGAUUUAUAUUCGAAAUGUCGAAAUGAUUAUGAUUAUUGCGGCUUCAAACAUGUCACAUAUUAUUGUAGCGCAGAUGAUGGUAGACUUAUUGCAAUAAUAUUCAGUCUAGAAUUAACUUUACCCGAAUUAGUGGAACAUUUAUCGCCUAGUGUGCGAUACAGUAGAUUAUUACUUGCAUAUUUAUGUGAUACUUUGUUUUUGGAUCAAAAUGUGUCACCGUUGUUGACAAAGACUAUAUCAUGCCUUGUAAAAAGGUAUUAUAAAGAGUUAAAUUUCAAUACCGAAGUUCCAGGACUGAGUUCUUUCACAGAUAUGUUUACUACUUUGUGCGAACAUUUUUCUGCAACAUCCUAUGGGAACGAAGGAUUUGGAAUGACUUUAUUAGUACCAUUAGCACAGCGGCAUGAUGUACAUUACAGAAAAUUAUUAUGGUCUGAACAUGCCGGAGCUUUACGCUCACUCAGAACGCCAUUGGAAAUGUUACCAAUGCCCUUACAAGAAUAUCUAUAUCCAGUCGAAGAAGAUAUUUCGUUGAUCGAAUGUUAUUUAACAGCCUUGGCUAAGGGUAUAGUGCGUAGAGAAUGGUGCCCAGUUAUGUACACUGUUGCAUUACACCACACUGCCAUGAAUUUAAAAGAAGAUAAAAGUAAAAUAUCUAUGAAAUUCAAACCAAGAGUUGAAAAACUUGGAAACAUUGAAUUGAAAAAAGAACUGCUAAAUUAUAUCCCGCCCGAAUAUUAAAUUAAUAAAGUUUACUUCAGUAUAAAUUCCAAACGGUACUACGUACGUAAACAUAAUAAACGUGAUAGGGAUGAAAUAAUUUUUUAUAUUAAUUUUAGGUCAGCCCAUCCAGAAUGUUGCAAAUUUUUAUUUUGCUGUUUUUGAUAAAAUUAAAUACGUUUUCCAACGUAUUUACUGAGAUUAUAGUGUAAUAAAAUAUCACAUAUGUUAAACUUUACGAUAGUAUUACUGGUCUCUAGCUCCUUUGUCACUCCCGUUACCAAAUUUAUCGAACUUAAAAUGAACAUACACGAAAUAAGCACUGGAUUUUGUGUUAUACAGUAUUAUUAUUAUUAUUAUUAUUUUCAACGUACAUUAUAUUCUCCAGUUAUUGUAUAAUUGGUAAAUGUAAAAUGUGUUAGUUUAAAUAGACAAUAAUGAUCAUACAAAUUUGAGUAAUAAUAGUAAGCGUAGAGGCACUAGUUGGUCGUUGUUCAUUGACUAUACUGAUCCUAUGCAAGUACACAUUACUGAUCCGCGAAAUUGUAGUGUGAAAAAUUUCUCUGUUAGUAGUUAUAUGUAUAAGAUAUGUUCAGUAUACACGCAGAAAUUCUCUUCCCUUCUACUGAUAAUAACUGUGCAGGCUACCGUAAUUAUUUUUUUCACAUCUACAUCAACGGUCAUUUUACCAGGUAAUAAUUUCAUCCUGUCUAUACGAUUUUCAUCACCUCUUUCUAAAAACACUUUACAAUUCUGUACAAAGUCCAAGUGCCAAUGUGUCAGUUGCUUUAUACUAAUUAUACGAUUUCAGUUUGGUUUCAAGAAUCAAUUCGAAAUAUUUCUUAAAGCACGUUGGUUCGGAUUAGAAAUCUCUUGCAUAUAUGCACAAAUAAAUAUUUACUCUUGCUUCUUUACAUAAUGCAUCAGACUUCACCGAGCAGGUUUAUUCGCAACACAUACGUAUUUAUACGUAGUUUUAGCACUUACCGUUUGUCUGCUAAGUUCAAUAUGAUCGAGUCCCAACGCGUAUUAUUUUUCAGUAAUGAGACAAACUUGUAUUACACUUUUGGUGCAGCAACGCAUUGGUUGAAACUUGAAAGCAUAAAAA